GACGUGCUUGGCGUGCGCAGCUGCACUCCGGCGUUUUGGUUCCAGCUCGUGAGCUGAGGGUCAGGCGGGCUGUGCUGUUGGCCGGGAUGUUACAGGCUGUUGGAGCUGUGGAUGAGGAAGAGGAGCAAGCGGAGGAGGAUUGUCCUGAAUUGGUCCCGAUUGAGACGAAGCAAAGAGAGGAGGAGGAAAAGUCUGGCCCCGGCGCUAAGAUCCCAGUCACAAUUAUCACCGGGUAUUUAGGUGCUGGGAAGACAACACUUCUGAACUAUAUUCUGACAGAGCAACAUAGUAAAAGAAUAGCAGUUAUUUUAAACGAAUUUGGGGAAGGAAGUGCAGUGGAGAAAUCCUUAGCUGUCAGCCAAGGUGGAGAGCUCUAUGAAGAAUGGCUAGAACUUAGAAACGGUUGCCUCUGCUGUUCAGUAAAGGACAGUGGCCUUAGAGCUAUUGAGAAUUUGAUGCAGAAGAAGGGGAAAUUUGAUUACAUACUGCUAGAGACCACUGGGUUAGCUGAUCCUGGUGCUGUAGCUUCUAUGUUUUGGGUUGAUGCUGAAUUAGGAGUUGAUAUUUAUCUUGAUGGUAUCAUCACUGUUGUGGAUUCAAAAUAUGGAUUAAAACAUUUAGCAGAAGAAAAACCUGAUGGCCUUAUCAAUGAAGCUUCUAGGCAAGUUGCUUUGGCAGAUAUCAUCAUCAUCAAUAAAACAGACUUGGUUUCAGAAGAGGAUUUAAACAAAUUAAGAACAACUAUUAGAUCAAUAAAUGGACUGGGAAAAAUUUUAGAAACACAAAGAUCAAGAGUUGAUCUCUCUAAUGUAUUGGAUCUUCAUGCCUUUGACGGUCUCUCUGGAAUAAGUUUGCAGAAAAAACUUCAACAUUUGCCGACAACACAACCUCACCUUGAUCAGAAUAUUGUUACAGUCACAUUUGAAGUACCAGGAAGUGCAAAGGAAGAAAGUCUGAAUGUAUUCAUUCAGAAUCUUCUGUGGGAAAAGAAUGUGAGAAACAAGGAGGAUGACUGCAUGGAGGUCCUACGACUGAAGGGGCUGGUGUCAAUCAAAGAUAAACCACAACAAGUGAUUGUCCAAGGUGUCCAUGAGCUCUAUGAUCUGGAGGAGACUCCAGUGAGCUGGAAAGAUGACACCGAGAGAACAAAUCGAUUAGUUCUUAUUGGCAGGAAUUUAGAUAAGGAUAUCCUUAAACAACUAUUUAUAGCUACUGUGACAGAAACAGAAAAGCAGUGGACAACACAUUUCAAAGAAGAUCAAGUUUGUCCGUAACACUAGAAGCAUUUCUUAUCAAAAGGAUGGAUGAUAAAAUAGGGAAUAAGUUUCCUACUGGGUGUAUUUCAGGCAUCUUUGUUGACAUUACUUCUGUUAUAAAUUGCAAUGUACUUUAAAAUAGUAUUUAUUUUAUAUAAUACAGAAGAUAUAGUAAAUCAGUAUUGUAAAAAUUUGAUAUUCAUUCAAUAAAAUAUAAUAUCCUCUGAA